UUCAUAUUCACAAACCACCCUGGGGUUAAACAUAGAUUCGGUGCGUGACUCAACAGGGCACGCGCGUAUAAAUUGAGAACUUGUUCAACAUCCAAACACUUCUAGAAACCGCGAGGAUCUACACGGUCAAAAGGAAUAUACCGCAUAGGAUUACUGCAGACAACACACAAACGGAUUAUAAAGAAAAGACACGGAGACAUUUCCAGGUAUUGGAAUGCUGCGCUGGAAAUUACUUCCAUAUAGUUUUAUGGACAACGUUCUUUCAGCUGUAAAACGAUUUGAAGAAAAAGCUUACGCCGUGCAAAAGACUUGACUGUGACUCAACAUCAUUUGACAGCACAGGCAGCAAUAGAUAUACUGCAGAAGAACUCAGAAGUGUUUGUGAGGAAGAUCACAUUCUAAUUGCCCGAGCACCUGUGUAAUAGCCAUGGUUGGGAUGAAGCCUACUGACCUGGCUCCAACUGCAACUGUGAAGUUCUUUGGCGCCGGAACGGCCGGCUGCAUUGCUGACCUAGUCACCUUUCCUCUGGACACGGCUAAAGUCCGACUACAGAUCCAGGGAGAGGCGAGGGCAGUGGAGGGGGUUGUGGCGGUACAGUACCGGGGCGUCUUCGGCACCAUCACCACCAUGGUGCGCACGGAGGGCGCCCGGAGUCUGUACAACGGGCUGGUGGCCGGCCUCCAGAGACAGAUGAGCUUCGCCUCAGUCCGCAUCGGCCUCUACGACUCCAUGAAGCAGUUUUACACAAAGGGUUCUGAAAAUGCCAGUAUUGUUGUCCGUUUGAUGGCUGGCUGUACCACUGGUGCCAUGGCCGUUGCAUUUGCUCAGCCUACUGAUGUGGUGAAGGUCCGAUUUCAGGCACAGGGCCGCCUGACUGAUGGUGGGAAGAGAUACAACGGCACCAUGGAUGCCUACAGAACCAUCGCUCGUGAGGAGGGAGUGAGAGGACUUUGGAAAGGCUGUCUGCCCAAUAUAACGCGUAAUGCCAUUGUGAACUGUGCUGAGCUGGUCACAUAUGACCUCAUCAAAGAGCUCAUCCUGAAGUAUGACAUCAUGACAGAUAACCUUCCUUGUCACUUCACGGCUGCCUUUGGCGCUGGUUUCUGCACCACAAUUGUGGCGUCGCCAGUGGAUGUGGUUAAGACACGGUUCAUGAACUCUACACCCAGCCAGUACACCAGUGCCAUCAACUGUGCCCUAACGAUGAUGACCAAAGAGGGCCCUGCUGCUUUCUAUAAAGGAUUCACGCCCUCGUUCUUACGCCUGGGAUCCUGGAAUAUUGUGAUGUUUGUUUCGUACGAGCAAAUCAAAAGAGCCAUGACAAGAGCACAGCAAUCCUGGGAGUCACCGAUUUGAUCUCCUCUUUUCGAGGCCAGCAUAGGCAGUGUAUUUGACCGGAGCUAGGAUUGUACUGGAUCGGCAGAGGUCCGUGUGGGGGACGAAGCCAUGAUGAUGAUGAUUAUGAUGAUGACGAUGACGGUAGCCUACGUGUCUGCCUGAGAGGACUGGAAAAGGCCAUACACUAACAACAUCACAACAUAACAUCAUAACCACUGACGACAUCACAACAUAACAUCAUAACCACUGAUUGUUCACCUUUUAUGGCAUAGAACAUGUCCUGAUACAGGACAAUGGCAACGCCCUGAACUAUGUAGCCAAACCUGUGGAGCACCCCAGGCACAGCAGGAUGUGAAAGGUGACUAGUUUGACAGUUUGACUAGGACAAAACUCCAGCAAGAGUGAAAAAGAAGAAUGCAGCCAAGGCAUUUAGCCGCAUGCAACCACUAGACCUAAAGUGUAGAAGAAAGUGUUUACAAAAAAUGAUGUUACAAUACAACAACAUAUUUCUUUAUAAAUGAAGCAUUGAUAUCAAUUGCAUAUGUUGCUUAUGUUGGGUCCAUUAUUUAGAGUUUACAGCAUUUAAUGUUUGUAUGAAAAUGUAAAGUAUAUUUGCACAACUCUGUAGCAACAAAGUCCAUGUCAGGCUUACAUUUACUGUUUCUAUGUUAUUUUUUAUCAUUCAUAUAUAAAGCAUU